AUGGUAAAAUAUCGAUACCAGAACGGAGGGCAGUAUGUCCUCUGGAUUGGUAGAGGAGUGGAAGCGAGGCGCCUUGUACCGAGCGGUUUUGGAGCAUGGAGAGAGGAACCAUUGGGAGGAACAGGAUCACCAGAACACCAGACUACCAACAUAAGCCAGCGUCACAUAGGUAUAGGAGAAGGCACUCACCAAGACAAAGAGGGCAAUGAUGACCUUGUCAUUCCACGGAAGCAUAUACCCACCCCACUGGAGGGCGAUGAUCAAGCAGACCAUCAUGCCGAGGGCAAGAAUAUUGCCGAUCCAGUCGAGCGCGAGCCAUCGUCUCCAGAGCGGUUUCUGUGCGAGACUAGGUGGCAUGCGGACUUUGUACGUGGGGAGGACGAACCAAAUGGCAAUAGCGCCCUACACAAUCAAACAUCAACUGAUAAUAGAGAGAGAGGCUCACCCAAAAACACCACCGCCAACUUAGCUUGUCCCCCGCCCGCUCCCAACCCCGUGACCGCACGGCCAAAUACAAGCACGGCAAAGGAGGGUGCGACGGCGGACAACACUGACCCGAUUUCAAAGAGGAGGAUGGAGAAGAGAAAGAAGAAGAAGGGGAUGAAGAGGGGAGAGGAAACACACGCCAACGCCUUGAACUGGGAAGAUAUAACCGGCAUGGCGGUACCUGCGGCGCGGCACAGUAAGAGUGUGAGCAAGACCAUUUUGCAAAAAAAGACCGAUGAUAGGGAAU